AUGUGGCUCUACCUCUUGCUGGUGGCACUGGCCUGGGCACUGGGCUGGCUGGUGCGGGACCGCCGGACCCUGCCCUCCGUCAAGGACAAGCACGUCUUCAUCACCGGCUGUGACAGCGGCUUCGGCAACCUGCUGGCGCGGCGGCUGGCCCGCCGGGGCUACCGGGUGCUGGCUGCCUGCCUGACCCAGAAAGGGGCCGACGGCCUCCAGCGCGGCUGCUCCGGCCACCUCCGCACCACCCUGCUCGAUGUCACCCGCUCCGACAGCAUCCGCCGGGCCGUCGAGUGGGUGCGGGCGGAGGUGGGCGAGAAAGGUCUCUUCGGGCUGGUGAACAACGCGGGGGUGGCCAACCCCAUCGGCCCCACGGAGUGGAUGGGGAUGGAGGACUACCGCCAGGUCAUGGCCGUCAACGCCUUCGGGGCCAUCGAGGUGACCCUCCAGUUCCUGCCCCUGCUGAAGCGGGCGCGGGGCCGGGUGGUGAACACCUCCAGCGUGCUGGGCCGCCUCUCCGCCAACGGCGGCGGCUACUGCAUCUCCAAGUACUGCAUCGAGGCCUUCUCCGACAGCCUGCGGCGCGACAUGUACCACUUCGGGGUGAAGGUCAGCAUCGUGGAGCCCGGCUUCUUCAAGACGGCGGUGACCAACCUGGAGAGCAUCGAGGCGUCCCUGCGCCAGCUCUGGGACCGCCUGGCGCCCGAGACGCGGCUCAGCUACGGCGAGGAUUUCUUCCACAAGUACCUCAAGGUGCAGCGGCUCAUCAUGAACGUCAUCUGCGACGCGGACCUCACCAAGGUGACCCGCUGCAUGGAGCACGCGCUGGGUGCCCGGCACCCACGCACCCGCUACAGCGCCGGCUGGGACGCCAAGCUGCUCUGGCUGCCCGCCUCCUACCUGCCCGCCUGCCUCGUCGACUUCGCCCUGGCCACCAUCCUGCCCAAGCCGGCCCACCGCGUCCGCUAG